AAAUCGUUCCUGGUUUUAUGACAAAUGGAUAAUUAGGAGGUCAGGAGCGACUCCAUGAAUCAUGAAUGUUGUGAAUUAGUGAGCGUUAUCCACUUAUCCUUCACUUAAAAGUUCAAAACGCCUGCGUAAAUCGUGCUUGUCUUCUCAUUUGUGAUCCUCUUCUGGUGGGUUUGAUCCUUGGAUAGCAUUACCCCCAGAAGCCCACAAUCCACUGAAACCCCAACCCAACCAUGGCCGUCGUUGCCUCCUACUUACCGAAACUCAUCUGCACUUCGAAAAUUCCCACGCAGACGCAUUUCUCUUGCCUUUCCCAUUCAAAAUUCAUUGCACCUGCAGCUCCAACUCAGGCUGUUUCUGAUAUAUUUCGGAACCCCAGGACCAAGGCGGCUCUACUCGGAGUGGGUUUGCUCUUCGCAUUCGCGGAACCUGCCUCAUCUCUGGAACUUCCUUUGCUCGGAUCUUCACUCCAGCUGGAUGAACCCUCCAAUGCUCUCUCUCUGCCCACAUGGACCGUGCACGUCUCCAGUGUUGUUGAGUGGAUUUCAGCCAUGGCUUUGGUGUGGAAGUACGGAGAGAGAUCGGGAUAUGAAUCUUGGAAGGGGCUUUCAUGGGGUAUGGUACCUCUACUAGGUGGAGCACUUUGCGCAUGCACAUGGCAUUUCUUUUAUAACUCUGAGUCCCUGGAGGUAGGAAGGCUUUUCUCGCCUCAUGUGCUGGUGGCUCUUCAAGCAGCACUUACCGUUCUGGGUAAUGCUACAAUGUGCAUAGCUGCAUAUCGUAUUUACAAAUCCCGAGAAGGCACCAAGAAUUUUUGAAAUUUUGCCGCGUGGAAAUCUGGAAUUGAUAUAUUAGACUGAGCGGACAUCUUCUUUUUCUGCUACUUGGAUAAACCUGCUGGUGCUGGAAGAUGCCUGAGAUCAAGAUCAUAUUCAUUAACGAUUCUAAGCAAGCCUCAUUUGUUGAGAAAGUAGAUGCUUGAUGUUGAAGAAUGAAAAUCUUGAAAGCAAAGGAUGAACGAGAAAGGUUGGGGAAUGUUAUAGUUGUGUUUUUUUCAAAUACUCAAGGUGAUUACAAACAAGGAACAUGGAGGUAUUUAUAGGCUUCCUCUCGUAUCGAAAAUGUUUCCACCUCAUUAAUGGACAAUGGAAAUUGAUUCGAUCCUAAAGUUGCUACUCUAUCUCUAGAAUUUUUUAUAAAAAUAUUUACAAGAAAUAUUUAUAUAUUUACAAUGACAUUUUUAGAGAUUAUCUUCAAGAUAUGUUUGGAACACUUUAGAUUAUCUUGAAAUAUUUUAGAUAUCUUCACAUCUCUUCAAAAGUUUUAGAACCUUCUUAAUCUUUCUAUAUUACUUUAGAUAUUUCUAAAUUGUUCUAAAUGCUUUUGGAGUAUUUUGAAAUGUAUUAGGUUCUUCUUGAAACUUACGGAAUGUGAAAAUUAGCCACCCUCACUGCUAAUAUGCCAUAGAAUAAUUUCCUUGACUAAAUUAAAAAAAGUAUGUCUCGAGACUCUGUAACAGGUGACUUGGUGAAGGUUGCUAAUAAAGGCAAAACUUGAAGGUUUUGGAUAAAUGAUGGGCCACAUUGCACCUUUGGGAACUGAGCCUAUGUGCUAAAAUAGGGCAACGUUCAGAGAAAAGUACUUGAAGAAUGCCAUGAUUUGAAAUGGCUGGACAUUAGUCCCUGCAGAUUGCAAGGUUGAUGAAGUGGCAUGCUUAUUUUUCAAACAUGUCGUAAAGUUAUGGUGGAUUUCUCAAAGCAUUAUCAAUGACUAAGAUCUCCAAUUCAUUGGAAAAUUCUUGAGAAAACUUUUCAAGCUUUUGGAGAUAUACUUGAAUUUCUCAACAAUCUUUCAUCACCAUAAUGAUGGACUGGCGGAAUGGAUAAAUGCUUUGCUAAAGCAUUACCUUUGACAUUAUGUAAGUGCAUAUUGUGAUUUUGUUUAGUUGCUUGAUGUGGUUCAAUUC